AUGAAACCCGGAACUGCUCACCGGGGGGGUACGAAUAGACGAGACGGUAAAGGAAUAUUUGGUCUGAAUGAGUCGAUGAAAUGGAAAGCGCCUGCAUUCGUGGGAACGGAGUCGUACGGUCCGGACGACCCGGUACGCACCGGGUACCAAGCGUUGACGCUGGCGGCCUUCAGAUCACCCGGACUGCUCGGAACGCAUGGAUUUAGCUUCGGCAGCAACUUUGGCUUCCGCGAUCCAUCGACGACGUCGCCGUCCUCCACGUACGACACGUCCGGCCAUCCUGCUCUCCCGCCCGCCACACUCACCGGUGCCGCCGGUUCACUGCUGAACCUUACGCAGCACGCCACCAGCAACCACUUCCGGUCCGGCGUUCCGACACAUCACGGCGAUACGGGCAGUCCGGUCAAUUUGUAUCUCGGUGGCUCUGGUGUGGUAGCGCGUGACGAUCAACAUCACGGAGCGGAAAGUCCUUACGGUCGAUCGUAUCACAGCUCCGUGGACGGUACGGGGCUUACGGCCAUUACGGAGCAUCUUAGCGGUGGUGGGCUUGGUGGGUCGUACGGCAUUGAGCAGGAGAAACCGGACCAGGACGACGAAAUAAAUAUCCUGCCGGACGGAUCGCGUGGCAACAGUCCCGUGAACGGGAGGCUCAACAGUAGUAAUUACGGUUCGGAAGGUAGUCCGGAGCCGGAAGGUCGUGAGUCCGGUGCGAAACAUCGGCCGGAAGAAUCGUGCGGCAGUCCGCUGGGAAGUGCCCGGUCGUACUCUAGUCAAACGAAGGACGGUGAGCUGGUGGGACUCGGCAGUUACCCUCUGUCCGGUAGUCCGCACGGUGGAGAGGAUAGUGUCGGUUCGUCCCGAAGUCCGGAAAAUCUUUCCCACGUUGGUGGCACCUGUGGUACGCAACCGGGAACACUUGCGUGCCAUCAAUCGUCGAACGCUGCCGGAUCUUCGGUGGCUUCCUUCGCGCUCUCCGCUGUUGGACAUCAGCUGGCACAUCAGCAACAUCAGCAGCUAAAUCACCACCAUCACCAUCAUCAUUCUCAUCAUUUGCAUAGCAAUAAUAACAACAGUACCGGAGCGAUAAACCACAACCAUCUGGUGGCGGGUUCGAAGGGUAAAACUCCACACACGAUCUCGGACAUGCUCGAUCACAAGUUGCAGCUCAGCUUUCUUGGGCCACCGCUAGCGGCUCUGCACUCAAUGACGGAGAUGAAGGCAGCCCAGCAUCAGCAACAUUCGCACACACAGCAACACGGUCCGGCCCAAGGACCCCAUUCCGGUCCGGGGAGUCCCGGCGGUCAUCAGACGGCAGUGUCCCAGACGCAAACACACUCCAGCUCGGCCAGCAAUCCGCACGGUAUCGAUACGAUACUGUCGAGGCCACCACCCGUCACCACCGCUCAACUGAAUGCCUUAGGAGGCGGAAUGCCCCGUUUUACGGCGGCCGUCGCUGCGGCAGCCAACAUGGCGCAGUAUCUGUCGCAAAACCAUGCCAACGGUCCGAUGAAGGCCCAUGCCGGCCCGCUAGUCGACCGGACGCAUCUGUACUGGCCCGGUUUGCAGGGUUUGGUGGCUAAUCCGAUGGCAUGGCGUGAUCGACUCGGUUCCAUGUCCGCCAGCUUGUCGCAGAGCCAUCACGCCCAGGAUAAGGAUGGUAAGAAGAAACACACCCGCCCAACGUUCAGCGGUCAGCAGAUAUUCGCCCUGGAGAAGACGUUCGAACAGACGAAAUACUUGGCCGGACCGGAACGGGCCAAGCUGGCGUACGCACUCGGUAUGACCGAGUCACAAGUGAAGGUAUGGUUCCAGAAUCGACGCACAAAAUGGCGCAAGAAGCAUGCGGCCGAAAUGGCGACGGCCAAACGGAAACAGGAAGAGCUCGGCGAUGGUGAUGGGGACUGUAGCGAACCGAUGGAUUCCGAUUCCGAAAGCCUGGAUCUAGUCGACACCGGAAGUAACCAACGGAAACGUUGCCGAAUGGAGGACGAUAUGAGACAUUAGCAGUACCGUACGUCCAGGGUAAGACUAUAUCACCGACCUUGUCAGUGAUAACGCCUAGCAGCGUGUGGUCUUUUGCAAAGGGGAUGCAAAUUAUAUAUAGGGAAAGAUACUGCAUCACAAUACACCCGACACGCAAAGAAGCAGCGAAAAGAAAAAUCGAAUUUAUUACAAGUUAGUUUUAGCCAGUCAGGGCAAGAAGGUCGGUUUUUACUAGAAAGCCAACCGUGUAAGAAGCAGAUAAAGCUUACUCGCAUAAUAUGCCGUACCAGUUUGUUUGUUUUUUUUUGUUCUAAAUUAGAGACGCUAUGUAAAUGUAUAUGUAUGAUUGUUUGUGUGCAUGAGAAAAGGGACGGUCUAAAACCGAAGGACGACUGUAUGUAUGUACUUUACCACUAUCAACUAUUACCUGUAGGAAACUUAUUUCAUAAACACCUCUCCCAGGAUGGCCCAAACGGCUUCUCCAGCUGAAGGGAGGUUUUUAGUGUACAAAAAGUAAAGUAGCAAUUAAUUGAUUCAAAACCAGUACGGUAGGGAUGAUACUUUAUGCACGAAUAAAGCAUUAAUCGGAAGCAGCUUGCGUAGGAUAGAGCGUAUUGCGUACGAUUAGGUUCCUUGUAAUCCCACAACGAGACAUUCCACAUAAGUUAUAAACGAGUUCUGGUGUACUUUGGCAGUAAUAAAUGUGUACAAACUUCGUUUUUUUUAGAAGCUCAGGAUUAUUUGUUUGCAAUCAAUGAAGAGAAAUGGUUUGUGGUGCAAUACGACAAAAGCGUUACCAACAUUUAAAUACUGGAAGUGUAGACUCCACCUUUUUUCUGUGAACUGGUUCGUUCCAUUGUGUUACUGCUGGUUUUUAACCAAUAAACAAAUGUAAAAAUUUUCACAAAAUCAUUCCUAUAAUAACACAAAAAUUGAACAGAAACUGAAAACAAAGUAAAUUACGCAAUACAUUCCAAAACGAACAGCAAAGGCAAGCGAAGCGCAAUGAUGUAUAAAGCAGUGAGUCAUUUAAUUUCUCACCUUACAACCACACACUCAUGUAAUCUAUUCGAACUCCUCUUAGCUAAACAUUUCAGCAGGGAGAAAAAUGAUGGAAAAUGCAUAGAAAAGAGGUGGUAACAGAAGCAAAAAUUUUAGGUUCACUAAAUAAAAUGCGAUACAAGAAAGAUGAGAGGAAAAUUUAAAAAUCACCAAAAUUUGUAUUGAUGAAAGAGGUUAACAGAAUGGUACCGGAAUAUGUUUCGAGCAGCACGAUCGGUUCUCAUGAACAUAAUGAGCAAACUGUACACGUCAACAGUACGGGAACAAUAAAGUCCGCAAAAGUUUAAUAAAGACACUGGAAAAUAAUGUAAA